CCUUCCUCCCUCCGUCCCUCCCUCCUUCCCCCCCCAGCAUGGCGGAACUGAGGAAGGAGCUGGUGGAGCUGGUGUGGGGCUCCCAGACCAGCCCCGCCCUCUCCGACACCAUCUUCUGCCGAUGGACGCAAGGUUUUGUGUUCAGCGAAUCGGAAGGCUCUGCGUUGGAACAGUUCGAAGGGGGCCCGUGCGCUGUAAUUGCACCUGUUCAGGCAUUUCUUUUAAAGAAGCUCCUUUUUACUUGUGAGAAGUCCAACUGGAGAGAUUGCCAAGAAGAAGAACGAAAGGACCUACUCUGCCACACCUUAUGUGACAUUUUAGAAACAGCUUGCUUCAAUAACUCUGGAUCAUACUGCUUGGCAGCAUGGUCAAGAGGAAAAACAUCUGAAGAAACUGCAGGGAUUUCUGAGAGUCCCGCAGAAUCUAGUCACCAAGAGGAACAUUCUUCUGCCUUGGCUGUCGAAGAGCUUGGCUUUGAGCGAUUUCAUGCAUUAAUUCACAAGAGGUCAUUCAAAAGUUUCCCCGAACUAAAGGAUGCUCUCUGGGACCAGUAUUCUGUAUGGACCAACAGAUUUGGAGUAUUGCUUUUUCUCUAUUCUGUGAUUCUGACAAAGGGAAUCGAAAACAUAAAAAAUGAAAUUGAAGAUGCAACAGAACCUUUGAUUGAUCCUGUCUACGGACAUGGCAGCCAAAGCCUAAUAAACCUCCUGCUGACUGGACAUGCUGUUUCUAAUGUGUGGGAUGGAGACAGAGAGUGUUCAGGAAUGAAACUUCUCGGUAUCCAUAAACAAGCAACUGUCGGCUUUUUAACAUUAAUGGAGUCUCUGAGGUACUGUAAGGUGGGCUCCUAUUUGAAAUCUCCGAAGUUCCCCAUUUGGCUGGUUGGCAGUGAAACUCACCUCACCGUUUUCUUUGCCAAGGAUUUGGCCUUGGUUGCCCCUGAAGCCCCGUCAGAACAAGCCAGGAGAGUUUUUCAAACUUACGAUCCUGAAGAUAAUGGAUUCAUUCCCGACACACUUCUAGAAGAUGUAAUGAAAGCUUUGGACCUUGUAUCGGAUCCUGAAUACGUAAACCUCAUGAAGACCAAAUUAGACCCAGAAGGAUUAGGAAUCAUAUUACUGGGUCCCUUUCUUCAAGAAUUUUUCCCUGAGCAGGAUUCCAGAGUUCCAGAGUCAUUUACUGUCUAUCAUUACAAUGGAUUAAAACAGUCUAAUUAUAAUGAAAAGGUCAUGUAUGUCGAAGGCACAGCAGUAGUCAUGGGCUUUGAAGAUCCGAUGCUUCAGACAGACGAUAGUCCAGUUAAGCGUUGUCUCCAAACUAAGUGGCCGUACAUAGAAUUACUGUGGACCACAGACCGCUCUCCUUCACUAAACUGAUGAAGUGGAAUUUUUAGAAGGAAGAUACAAAAAACAGAAGCUUAAAGAAGCGUCUAGCAGUCGGCAGUUGGCUGGAAAAUACCUACCCUAUGGCUGGAUGAAGUUAUACACUGGUAUCACUGAUAAAAUGUAAAUAACUAUUUUAGACACUCUUUUCAGUGUUUGUUGGAUAUAUUUAAUUUGGAUUUCUUUUACCAUGUGUUCUUUGUCCAGGUUUUUCUCUCUCUUUUUUUUUUUCUCUUUGACCAUUGUGAGAUUUAAGUGACAAAAAUGAAAUCGGGGCAUAAACAAAACCCAUCCCCUGAACCGUCCCAGAUAAUUUUCGUCUCUUUCGGGAAGAUACGACCACCAUCUAAUACUGGAGUAUCGGAUGUAAAAUUUCGAAACCUAUCAACUUUUUCUUGUGUUAGAUUCACUCUGAUGCGUCAUUAUUUAAAUGAUACUGGCUUACAGGACCCUUAUCGAGGUUCAGAACCGAAAUGUUUGAGUUACAUUUUUGGCCAUUUUUUUUUCUAAUCUGGUUUCACAUAAGCUUGCACAAAUGUACACUGAUAUAUUCUACAUCAUACAAAUCAUCGAUCCUGUCUCUUGACAGUUGUCUGUGGCUUAGCUAUCUGGCAUGUUAACGAAAGGCCGAAACUAAGGAGAAAAAUGUACCACUCUUCAGGGAUGUUGUAUAAGGAGGAUGUAAAACAAAAAGUUCAACUGCAGAAAGAAUCUGUUUUACAAUCCUAAAGCUGUUCACUCUUAUUGAAUUGCCAAAUGCUUUUUUUCCCUUUUGUCCAAACAGCAAUGUAAGCCAGCUUUCUUGUAUAUUUAUAACUGUGUUAAGUGCAUGAGACCAUCUGUUAUUACAUUAGUAUACUCUAUUUUAUUUAUUACGAUCCUAGUUCUUGGCCCUAAAUAAACAGACUUUUUUUCCUGAA